CUUGUGAGGGAAGCCCCUGGGCCCGCUGGUUUAAGGCAGGCGGGCGCCGCGAGCGCUUGUGCCGGUGGGACUAUUUUCUUUAAAGGGGGGAGUGGAAGCUGCGGAGGGAUCCCCAUCAGGACGUCAAAGAGAGUGGAAGGGCCAAGAUGGCGGCGCCCUGUGGGUUAGAAGAGUCCUGAGUGGUAAACAGCUGAGGGGGGGAGGAGAAGACGGAAAAGCGGGAAAAGAACAGCGCAGAAGCAAGGAACUACCAAUCAAUCUGUGUUUGGGGAAGGAGAUGUGGCACCCCUGGAAGUUUUGGCUUGGCCCGCAGCGCUGAGUGCUUCUAAUCUGAAUUCUUAAAGCAGAUCUUCUUUUGAGAAUCUUGACCAGCAGCCAUGGCUGGUGGCCUCUGGCUGUUUCCUGGUGUUAAAAUUGCCAAGUCAGGUUCUGUGAUCAUGAAAAGGGUCAGAUUGAUAGCAGUGGAAAGCGAGAGCCCACUUGUCAGCAUACCAGACCGUGGGCCUAUGCUCGUAAAUACCCUGGUAGAUUACUACUUGGCAACCAAUUCUGAGCAAGCGUUGUGCAUCCUGUCCACUCUUCAAGAGCCGCAUGACAAGCACCUUCUUGACAAAAUCAAUGAAUGCAUGAGUAAGCCUACAACCCGCCUCUCCACCCUCUCUCUGCUUGGCCAUGUGGUACGGCGCCAGCCAUCUUGGAAACAUAAGCUUUCUCAAGCACCCGUCCUGCUUUCGUUGCUCAAGUGUCUUAAGACUGACACGGAUGUGGUGGUCCUCACGACCGGUGUGCUAGUGUUAAUAACAAUGCUGCCAAUGAUUCCCCAGUCUGGGAAACAGCAUCUUCAUGACUUUUUUGGGAUCUUUGGCCGCCUUUCCUCUUGGUACUCGAAGAACCCAGGUCAUGUGGCAGAGAUCUACCUAGUCCACCUCCAUGCCAGUGUUUAUGCCCUUUUUCACCGCCUGUAUGGGAUGUACCCUUGCAACUUCGUUUCUUUCCUGCGCUCUCACUACAGUAUGAAGGAAAACCUGGAGACCUUUGAAGAUGUGGUCAAGCCGAUGAUGGCACAUGUGCGCAUCCACCCAGAGCUAGUGACUGGAUCCAAAGAUCAUGAGCUGGACCCACGGAGGUGGAAGAGACUAGAAACGCACGACGUCGUGAUUGAAUGUGCCAAAAUCUCCUUGGAUCCAGCAGAAGCUUCCUAUGAAGACGGUUGCUGCUCAGCAUCCCAGCAGCUGUGCCUGCACUUUCAGCAACGCCCAGCUGAUCCUGACGCCAGCCCUUAUGUUACACACAGUACCUUGGGAGCAUCAACUUCGACCCCUUACUCUGCUUCUCAGCUAGCGCUAUCGCGAAUGUCAGGGCAUCUACCUCAGAUUUUGAACUCUCAGUCUUCGUGUCUGUCAACUGAGCCUCAGCAGGCGACCUUCUGGAGCCCCUCUGCUGUCUGUGGCAUGGCCACUCCCCCCACGUCCCCCGGAGUCGCCUUGGAGUCUUCGCAAGCUUCAUCCCAACCUAGCAGCAAGUUUUUUAGCACACCCAUAGUUGGGAAAGGAACCCCAUUAGGGACGCCCGCCACUUCUCCUCCUCCUCCAUCGUGCAUUUCAGAAGAAUUUGCUCAUGUUUCAGUUCCUCCAGCCACUGCAGCUGCUCCCAAAAAGGAGGACAGAGCAGAUUCUGGGAAGCCUCUGUUAUCCCGGCAGCAAAAUAUCGUAAGCAACGCAAGAACUUUGGACUCCCAUGGUAGUAAAAGUUCAGUAACCUUAAGCGAUCUACCCGGCAUCUUAGGUGAUCUCGAGGCCUCUUUUGAAGACAGUGGUGAGAAGGACAGAGAAGAAGAUGCCAUAUCAAAAGAGAUCUCUGAGAUCACGACAGUAGAUGCUGAGCCCGUGGUGCCUCGGGGAGGUUUCGACUCCCCUUUUUACCACUCAAAUGAGAAUCUCUCCAGCUCCAAGAAGUCCCAGUCAGCCACCUCGAGCGCCCAGGGGCAGAGCCUCAGCUCUGAGCCCCCGUCAUCCUUUCUGGACCAGCCUGGGCUCGAGCACACGCAGGAGGCCCCAAAGCAAGCCUUCACGCCCAUAGCCCGCCCUGGCCGGGAUCACUCUGCCAGUAGCAGGGCAGCCCAGGCUCCUGCAGAGGCCAGCAUUCUCACCCCCAGCCCUUACAAGAUCCCAGUGUACCGGAGAACGGGUCUGGGGGGCGAGCAGUCCCCCUACGCUUAUGAGCACCUCUUUGAGGCGGCCUUGCCAAAGACGGCUUACCUGUUUGUCACCCAAAGGACGGAAGAGCUGCUAAAGAAAGCCAAGACGGUUCCAGAGGAAGACGGCACCUUUCCCGCCUCCCCCUUGGAGGUGCUUGACCGGCUCAUACAGUAUGGCGCGGAUGCCCACAGCAAAGAGCUGAACAAAUUACCUUUGCCUAGCAAAUCUGCUGACUGGACUCACUUUGGAGGUUCUCCUCCUUCGGACGAGAUUCACACUCUCCAGAACCAGCUGCGCUUGCUGCAUAACCAGCUGUUGUACGAGCGCUUCAAGAGGCAGCAGCACGCGGCCCGGAACCGACGUCUUCUGCGGAGAGUCAUCAAAGCCGCAGCCCUGGAGGAACACAACGCUGCAAUGAAAGACCAGCUGAGGCUCCAGGAGAAGGACAUCCAGUCUUUGAAGGUCAGCCUGCAGAAGGAACAGACCCAGAACCGCAAGUUCCAAGAAGAGCGCGACAGUGUGGUGGCCCAGCUGCACAGCCAGAUCCGCCAGCUGCAGCACGAGCGAGAAGAGUACUACAACCAGAGCCAGGAACUGAAGACCAAACUGGAAGACUGCCACAAUAUCAUUGCAGUUCUGCGGCUGGAGCUGAAGAAAGCCAACAACAAAGUCUGCCACACAGAGCUGCUUCUGAGUCAGGUGUCUCAAAAGCUUUCCAACAGUGAGUCAGUCCAGCAGCAGAUGGAGUUCUUGAACAGGCAACUUCUGGUACUUGGGGAGGUGAAUGAGCUGUACCUGGAGCAACUGCAGCACAAGCAUGCGGACACAACCAAGGAAGUUGAAACUUUGCAGGCAGCCUUUCGAAACGAGCUGGAGAAAGCCAAGUGUUGUGUUCAGCAGCAGAGUCAGCAACUGGAGGCAUCUCAGAAGCGGAUCGCCGAACUGGAGGCUCAGCUCUCGAAGAGAGACCACCUCUUACUGGAGCAGAAAAAAUACCUGGAAGAUGUUAAAGAUCAAGCCAAGGGGCAGCUCCAAGCAGUCAGGAGCCAGUACGAGGUGCAGAAAAGUAUCAUUCAGGCAUUUGAGUCGAAGAUCUUGGAUCUGUACGGGCGCCUGGAGAACGACAGGGUGCUGCGAGAACUUGAGGACAAAGUGGAGCCUGACAAAAUGGCAGAAGGAAGCAGGUUGCCUGGUGUAAAGGAAGGGAGCACAGACCCAUUCACAGGAUGCAGUGAAGAUGCUAUCGACAGGAAUGGCAAGACCAAACCCCCCAGUGCCCGGGGCAGCAGCAGCAGCAGCAGCAGCAGUAGCAGCAGCAGCAGCGUGGUGUCCACCCCUGAAAAGCCCGCCAGUCAGAAAUCCGGGCAGUUCAGCCGUUGGGAAACGCCAGGGCUGCUGGAACCCUCCCCCAGUGGUGGCCCCCUGACAGUGGGCUCCUUCCCGAGCUCCGAGAGUUUCCUGGGGAUGAAGGCACGGGAGCUGUUCCGCAACAAGAGCGAGAGCCAGUGCGACGAGGACGGCGCACCCAUCAACAGCCUUUGUGACACUUUAAAGACUGAGUUGUGCAAAGAUCCGAGCCUGGAGGCCAAAGCUCUUCCCAGCCUCGAGGACCCGGCUCCCUCCCCCAGGAAUCAGGAAAGCAGUGUUGGACAGCUUCAUAUAAUGGACUACAACGAAUCACAUCAUGGCCAUAGCUAAGAAGGAAGAGAAUCCAAAAAUCAGUGUUACUUUUCAUAUUCUUGGCGUAGAACAGGGAGGUGUGAAUGCUCGUUUUAACGAAGCACUUUCACAGUUGGUUCUAGGGCCACUGGCUUGUGCAAUGGACACCGGACCCUGAUGUUUGUGGACAUGUGGCUGGAUGAAUGCGAAAUGGAUUUCAGGUCUGGAAGUGUUGGAAGAGCUCAUCCUAUUCCCCCCUCCCCUCUCUCACAGCAUUCUAUUGCCACUCUUGAGCUCACCGUUCGAGCAUCCUAAUUUUGACAGGACAGUGGCUAAGAUCCUUCCGAGUUGUCCUCCCUUCACUAGGCCCCCUGCUCACCUCUCUGAGAGGUUGCCUCCGGCGACCCAGGUGCCACAUGAGGCUAAGGUGACCUCUCCAAGAAAUGCUGUGAUGUGCUUAGCUGAAGAACAAGGCACCAGUGGUCCUCACUCAGGGUAGGUGGGAAUGUUUCCCCCUCCAGAUGACCUUGGCAACUGUUCUCAUCGGAAGGAGGCAAUCUCUGCAUUUUUUAAGUAUGGUCAUUCGAGAAUAGCGCUGCCUUCCUUGUUCCUUUCAGUCCUGUCCUGUUCUCCACCCCCCUUGCCGAAUACACUCAUUCAGAGAGGCCGGGCUGUGCUCCAGUAAUGAGACGAUUUCAGUUGUGCCCAUCCGUAUUUAAAAAUUGCGGUCCUCUCCCCCACCCCAAGUCAUCACUUUACCUGUGCUGUCCUUAACAUUUCUGUGUGUGAACAAACUUUCUACAGCUGCUCCUUCCAAGAAACUGGAAUUUUUCAUGUGAAGGCCCCCGGUUUUGUGGGUGGACCUGGUUGAAACACUAUUCCUCUUUUCCUAACCCAAGCUAAUCUCUCAUAGUUUGCCCAAUAAGCUGGUCCUGAGCUCAGCCACAUUGGUGUGUCUUCACGAGUAAAAGAAGAGAGUCAAAGCUUCCCCCAAAUGGGAGGGUUUUGUUAAUGGAAGUGCAUAGAGUUAUCUCGUGAAACCACAGAGGAAUUCGGGAUUCCUCCCCCCCCCCCCCCCAGUUUUUAGGAGAGCUGCUGUCUAAGCUGGAAGAGUUCUGUCCGUGUGGUUUGAAGUGUCUCGUCUGGCCAGACAAAAUGUCUCCCUGCCCACGCCUGGCUUUGGUUUCUGAGCAAGAGGAGCUCUGGUGGCGGCGCAGCCCUUGGCCCAUCUCUAGAUUGGAAGGCGUGUCUUCUCUGUGGCCCGUGUGGAGGCAGGCAAGGAGCACCGCGGCCUUCAGGCAGGCACAUGUUGGCCUUGGACUGAACCGUGUUUCUGCUGGGCCUGAAACCUUCCCCCUUUGAAAAAGAGAUUCAGAAAGAAGCUAUACUGGGAUACAGUGCAAAAGCGGUGUGGUGGUGCAUUUGCUUUCAGGAUCCUUAGGAUUCCUCCUUCCCUUUCCCCACUAUGGGGGGGUCUUUCACCAAUAAUCUUGCCCCUUAGUGGAAAAGCAUUAAAUGUCGGAAAUCAUGUUGGUAGUUUGACUUCCUGGGAGUGAUGUGUGAUUCUUAUUUAACCCCCCCCCCCAGUGUAUUCUCCUGGCUUUUAAUACCUGAAUAUUCUCUUUCCACACACCCCCCGCACUCUCAGUGACAGCCCCUCCCCCGGCCUUUCUACUCAAGAGUAAGCUGCUAAGAUGAUCCCCAUGCACAAGGAUGCCCUCCGCCGUGUGUUCCUCCUUGUGGUCCUGCGUACAUUUCUUGUGUGACCCCUUUUUUAAUCCAUCUUUGGACCCCUGUGAAAGCCUUCUUCAGUGCAGCAGUGGUGGACUUUGGCUCAAGGUAGCGUAGGAGGUGUGAGCGAUUCUGCAAGAGUGCCGUGGGACUGGACAAUGUGCGGCUGGUGUGUGGCGUCGGAGUGGCAGGUCACAGCACGGAAGCAGAUCUUCCAGGGUUUCGCCCCUGCUCCUUCCAGCCUUUGCUCCGUGGCUCGGCCUAACAUGUGUGGUAGAAGGUUAAAAAGCUAAACAAAAAGAUGGUGGUCCAUUCCUGAGAUCCCAGGACAGACUGUACCAUUUUGCACCCUGGAACGCUCCUGCACUAACCUAAGUGCAUCAGCUUGCACCGUUCCCCUGUGUAAGAAAAUUAGCAUAGCAGUGGAGUGGGUUUUGCUUCCCCUGUAUGCAAAUCCUUUUUAUUUGAUGGGGGAGCCUUAUGUAAAGGAGUGGCAUGUUAUUUCCCAUCAUCUGCACAGUACUGCUGGUACAGUCCUUUCUGCCGUCUCAUCCUGGUGCAUGUACGCCGUGCCCCACAGGGAAUGAAGCAAUCACACAUUGCCAUCUUCUGGUCUUUCUCUCCCUCUUCAGUUGUUAAACACAGUUGCGUAAGAGGAAUUACAUGGAAUAUUUUGGGCCUUUCCUUGCAGACUGUUUUUCUCCUGUUCAUUUACAAAAAAGGGACUUUCUUCUCCUUAAUAGCCAACUUAGACUGUUCUCAAGUGAGAUGGCCUUGUCCUUAUUCCUGAACAGGCCAUGAGCACCUCGCUGGUGUGACGCUAUUAGAAGUUCAAGAUACUCUUUCCCACUUCACAGCGGACCACAGUAAUUAUGGGGGCGGGGGGGAAUCUGUUGCCAUUGCUUAGUGAAUUUCUUUGAAUCAUGGAUGGAGCAUAUGUCACAAACUUCUGCAGUUUACUGGGGGAAAUCUCAUUGGUAAAGCUGGAAAUGAUUUAAACAAAAAAGCAACUGACAGCUUUUAAAUCCCCAAAAAGAAGCAGCUUGUCCCUCAAAGGGUUAACAUUGUUUCCUGCCUUGCUCUUUGUAAGCAUGAUUAAAAAAUAAUUGACAUUAAAAAAGAAAUGCCAUAAAUACGAAAUGGUACAAUCUAAGCUAAAAAAGAACUUUAAAAACAAACCAAAUGGAGGGUCUUUGCUGUCCUUACUAGAAUGUUCUAAUACAUCAAAGCAGUUGCUUGUGUUUAACUGUGAACAAAAUAAAAACGUAUUGUUUUGCA